AUGGCUACCAUCAUCAAGCUUCUUUCCUUACAACUGGCUCUCUCCCUUUACCUCCUCGGCCAAGGUAGAUCAGAUGACUACGAGUGUCGAGGCGUUCCCGGCGAGAUCACGAUCGGCCAGGCUAUGACCGGAAAGCUCGUGAAAGGCAAGCCGGAAUGGACUGUGACUUUUAGCAACCCGUGCUACUGCAACCAAUUGCAUAUCUCUGUCACCUGUGCCGGGUUUAAGACCGUCGAGAAGAUCAAUCCUCGGGCCCUCGCCAUCGCCGGCGACGGCAAAUGCCUCCUCGCCGACGACGGCGCCAUCCAUCCCCAUGAUUCUUUCAGCUUCAACUAUGCUUGGGACCGCCCAUAUCCCUUCAAGAUUGCUGAUGCUAUCGUCGCAUGCUCAUAA